AUGGCGGCGCCACCCCCAUCACCAACCCCCGUGGCGAAUUUGGAGUGGCAAGCACCUUGGCCGUUCCAUCAAAUAGUCAGAAAUGGGCCUGGCCCUGGAGUACCCAGCGUUGUCGUCGAAGAACCUAGUCACAGUAGAAGCAUAUUUGCUACACUCAGAGCGCUUUGCAACAUAGGAGGCACAGGGCUGACCGUCAAAUCGAUGAUCAACGAGUCCCACAUAGGGGCGGCAUUGAACAUCCACAACCUUGCCUUGGAAGACUGCAUGGAAAAUCCCUGGACGUACGUCAACCCCAAUCUCCUCGACGUCCCCGCAUUCCCCACCGAAGAGUACGUCUGGGAAAACCUGAACCGCCGAACGAAGGCAAACGCGUACGACGAUCGGCUGAUACGGGACCUGGAGGCCCCCUGGACGCCGGUAUCCAGCAAUCCCACCCGGAAAGCCCGCAACGUCAGCCGAUACCGCUUCUACGUGUUCAUGCACAGACACUUGCCGUCGAACUUCAACCAGCAGCUGGGGAAGAGUAGGGUGAGCAUUUACUCGACGACGAUAUGGGAUCGCGAGAAUCAAUCAUCGAUAUGGUACGAUUUCUGGAACGAAGGCCAUGACCAGAGGCGAGAUGCGAUUCGGGCUUUUUGGAACAACGUGCCCCUAACCUGGCCCGCCAUACUAACCUCGACCAUCGGCUCGCGCCUCGCGGUGCGGCACCACAUCCUCGCGCUCUCGCAAGGCGGGUACGCGCACGCCAACACGCCGCCGGGGUUCACGCAGUUCAGCAUGCUGGGGGUGAUCCUGGACCACGUGAACAACGGGCGCACGGCGCCGACGCCGCGGUACGAGACCGCGCACGACGGCGCCGUGCUGUCGGCCAUGGACCCGCGCGCCGCGCCGCUGUUCAUCAAGGUCCUGAUCGAGACGGUGCGCGCCGGCGACUGGCAGACCACGCUCGUCGGCGACGACGACAUCGCGAAGGACGCCUGGGAGGAGUUCCGGAUCAUGAACACGUACCUCCAGCGCGAGGUCAGGGCGCUGCUCGAGGCGAGGUACAAUGGCACGGAUGAUGCGUGGAUUGUGGAUGCGGUGGCGCCGCCGGUGAUGAAGAUCUAG